GGGAGGAGAAGGAAAAGGGAUGAAGACACCUACAGAGGAUGUGGAAGCUCUCUUCUUCCUCCUUCUUCCAUCACUUCUGCGGAAAAUGUUCCGGAAAGAACGUCUCUACCCCCAGGGUUGAUAUUUAACUCCUCAAGAUAAAUAAAAUCAUGUUCUCAAACAGAAGCACAACGGAAGGAAGUGAACUGCCAUUGAGGUUCGAAUUCGACCUGUCAGAAAAUGCCACCGAUUCCUUACCAGAAUUCGAACUCCCCACCAAAAGAAAUGGAACAGGCGAUGACGACACCUACCUCUUCUACGGCAACGCUUUCGUGGUGCCGAUGGCCAUGAUGAUGGUGAUUAUCAUCAUCCUGGCUGUGGGUGGAAAUGUGAUGGUGAUACUGACUAUCGUGAGACACAGGGGCAUGCGCACAAGGACUAACAUGUUCAUCGUGAACCUGGCUGUGGCAGAUAUAUUAGUAGCUGUGUUGGACAUGCCCGUCUCUCUGACCACCAUCAUCGAGGGUAAGUGGGUGUUCGGGGAACCCCUCUGCAAACUGAAUGGAUUCACGAUGGCACUGUUCCUCAUUUGUUCCAUACACACUCUGAUGUACAUUUCUGUGCACAAAUUCAUUUCCAUCACGAGGCCGUUCUCCAGAGCCAUGACACCUCGGCGAAUAAAGAUGAUGAUUUUGGCCUCUUGGUCAUGGGCAACAUUCUGCGCGAUCGGUCCUCUGAUUGGUUGGAAUAAAAAUAUAUACAAAAAGGGUGCCAGUCAGUGUGGUCCGGAUCUUCCAAAAGGUAUGCUGUCACUCUCCCAUUCUCUCUUGAUCACAACCAGCAACUACAUCAUCCCUCUGUCAGUGAUGUUCUUCUGCUAUUCGAGAAUAUUCCGUGAGAUACACGUCCACAUGAAGAGGAUACGCACUACGUCCAACAUAGAUCUGGAGAACUCGGUGGCACAGCAGAAGAAAGUGGCCACCACACUUUUCCUGGUGCUGGCCUGCUUCCUACUCUGCUGGACGCCGUACGUCAUGUACUCCAAUGCGUCCGCUCUCAUCAAAGACAAGAAAAGAAUUCCCCCGAUUCUAAAUCCUUUGACGUAUUGGUGCGGGUAUCUGAAUUCUGCUUGCAAUCCUAUCAUCUACGCUUUCAGGAGUCCAUCCUUCAGAAAGGGUUACAAGGAGAUCAUGUGCGGUGCCCAGUCAGCCAAACUAAGCGCAGUGAAUUCGAUGAGUUUUCGUUCAAGAUCUGGAAGAUCAGGUUCCCUUAAAUCGGGAUUGAAUGCCUGUGCACAGAUAGAAAAGAUGCAGGAAUCCGAACCUCGAAAGACCGAAGUACGCAGACAGCGAACCCUCUUAUCACAGACCAGUUGGGUGAGCACACCAAUGUUCCCUUAUUUGGCGAGGACUUUUUCAACGUCUAAAACGGCCAACAACAAAAUACGUGAUGAUCCCCCAUCCCCUCACUCAGGCUGCAGCAUUUGCGGUCUAUGGAGACCGAGACCAUCUUCAGCGAUGACUGAUUCACCUGAUGAGAAAGUGAGGCGUCCCCUAAGCCGUGAAAUUAAAGAAGAAGAAGAUGUUAAUGAAAUUGAGGAUGGUGGAAUGCUUGAAGAUGGUGGAAUGCUUAAAGAUGGUGGAAUGCUUGAAGGUGGUGGAAUGCUUGAAGAUGGUGAGAUACAAGUAAGAGAGGACGAUGAUGCAGUUUGAAUGUUCCUCUCGGAAAGACUACUUAUUUUGUGGGCUCAGAAUAUUGGGUGGUCACAGUUCAUUAAAUUAGGUUUUUAUUUGUGCCUAUCAUCCGCAAAUAUUGUUCAGCAAUUUACGUCCUUGUUUCUGAACCACCAACAUUAUUCUCAAUACCACGAGCGGCAUUACAUGUUGUUUAUUGAACACGUCGAAUACAAUAGAGAGAAACACAUGACUUUAAUCCGAUAUUUUUUUCUCCUUCACUUUAUUGUAAAUUGACUUUCGUUUCAACUUAGUCAUGUGAAACUACAGAAUAGGUUAUUAAAACAAAGUAUUGAUCCUCUUAUUGAUGUUCGGCAUCCAGAGUGGAUGUGUUAGUCAGCAACAAACAACAACAGUAAUUACAUUAUUAAAUUCAGUUAUUUAUUUUUUGAGUGUUUAUAUAUAUAUAUAUUUUUAUUUAAUUCGUAUUUAUUUUCAUUCUUUCAUUUACCUACACAUGAUAACCAAAUUUGGCAUUGAUUUUUUGUUAUUUGAAUAGCAAAGUUUAUAUUUUUGUAAGCAAUAAUGAAAGUUUUAUUAAUAUUUAAAUAUGUUUAGGUUGAAAAUACUUUUCAUUGCAGAGAAUAUGUGAAUGAUCAGAAACAAACUGGUCAAAAAGUUACUUAAGUGCUACAAUUUUGUGUACGAAAAAAUUAUGUCAAUAUUCCAAAUGACUACCUUAAGAAGUCCACCUUGAAAUAUUUUGCUGGUCUUUCGAGCAAAUAGGGUUUAGGAACACUGAUUGGAUUUGUUUUUCAAGUAAUCUAAUGCACAUUAUUAUUUGCAAUGUUGAUGUAUGUGUUUAGAAGCAAGAAGAGCAUAGAAGAUUUAGCGAAAAAUUUAGACGCUCAUAUUGUUAAAUGUUAUCUUUUAAAUUCAUUCAAAGACUUAAAACUAUUUUCACUUGAGCUAUACAUAAUGAUCAAAAACAAGUUAUAUUUUGAACUUUCGUAUGUAAAAUAGGAACAGGUAAGACAGAUUUGGAGAUAAGAUCUUCUCUUUUAUGUUUCUCAAAAGACUCCUUUUCCGAAAGUAGAGAAAAAAAAUUCUAUUGUGAUAAUCUUUUGUUAUAGAGACUUGGUGACUAGAACUACUUUUCUUGAAACCUCGUUUUGUUUGCGAGGAAAAUUGUUGUGUCUUGUAAAUGAGAAUAUUUCAAGAGUAAAGAGAGAGAAAGUUAAGGAUAUUUCACGAGUAUUUGAAUGAAUAUCAAAAUAUCUCUGGUUUUUUAAAUGACGAAAAUUUCUUAUACCUUUAUUAUUGAGAGUAUAGUGUUUGCAAUAAUUUACGUGAAAUUAAUGAUUUGAAUUGAGAAAGUACUACUCUUUGACGCAUUAAAGGUUUGAUAUGUACUAGUACUAUAUAAAGUACUAUAUUAGUACUAUAUAAAGUAGUAUACUAUAAAGUAAAAUACUAUAUAAUGUACUAUAUUCUGUACAUACUAUGCUAUACUAGUACUAUAUAUAUACAGUAUAUACUAUACUUACACUAUAGAAGUACUAUAUACUGUAGCAAUAUUCGUUGGCAUCUGGAAGUAUGAAAGUAUGUUUGUUUUAAAUACCAAAGUACUUGGACUCGAAAGUACUAAUAUUUUAGGUUUAAAAGUACUAGUGUUUGAUUAAUUAAUGUAUAGAAUAAAAAAUGGCACUGUUUUACUGAAUGUAGUUUUCUAUAAAUGACUUUAGUUUAAGACAUGAUAUAAUUUGAGUAGAUUGAAAACUGCAAAUUUUGAGAAAUAGUCGUAAACUAAAUUAUUCGUUUCUAACUAGUAGAUGGAAUGGCGCCUCUUAACUGUUUCGUUUUCUUUGUAAAUACUUGUUUCAACUGUUGCUGUUACUCAAAGCCAAAAAAGUGGUACAACCGGUGUUACUAAUAACUAUAACAAAUAACUACAUUAAAAUUUAAAAUCAAUGAAAAAAAUAUUGUGUUCAUAAAAUUGCGCAUAAUUACUCUGUUCGUAAAGUUUUGCUAUCACUCAUCUCAUCCUCUCUUUUCACACAAAUGUUAUGAUCUUCAAUUUGAAGUAGUAAAUAAGAAAUUUUUGGUUCUUAAAGAACUCCGAAUAACACUUGAAGAAAUAACUGUUAUAGUAUAUUAACAUAAUUAACUCGUACAUACUGUUUAGUGUAAAAUUAGGAAAUUUCGCUACAGACCCGUGAAAGGGUGUAGCUUUUUUUUAACUGCGAGUACGUUUCAAAACAUUUCGUAACUUUUUUCAGAAAUCAAAAAUUUUAAUCGAUUCAAAAACUGUUGAUAUUAGUAACGUAAAGCAUUUUUCAAAAUACAUUAAACGUUACAAGGAUCAUUUCUAAAAUGAAGAGACAUUUUCAGAAACAAACGUGAAAUAAAGUAAUUUUCAAAAUAUCAUAAAAUAUUUAUAAUAAUUUCGUAUUUACUAAAAGAAUAAUAUUAAAAUGCUCAUGGGGUGCAUUUUCGACAAAAAAAAGUUGAAACUGGAAGACGACUGGUAGACAAUUUUUUAAUCGCCGUGUGGCCGGUGGUGAUCGUUAAUUUUACCCUAUAAUAUUCUGCAAAACUUGGGGUGCUUUAUGUAUUACCAGUGGGCUAUACUCCCUGUUCGCUAACGCUCACCAACCCCGAUGAUUACUUUGCAAUAAUUACUGUUUUUUUUGGCAUAAAACAGUUGAAAUUAUUCAACUAAAAAUAUAUGUAAAAGAACACUAAUUGCCUCCACUUCCCACUUCCAAAUAUUUUAUUUAUGAUUACUAUUAAGAUCUGCAAGUGAACAUAAAUCAUUUUUGUAAGUAAUCAUUUUUUGAAAUAACAUUUGAAAUUGAAAGUAUAUAUUGUUAUUAACAAAUUUGGUGAGUUCACAACUGUAAUUUAAAAUUUUUGCUUACCUAAAGGACGGAUGUAUUUUAAAUACAAUUUUUACAUUCAUCACUUCUUUGUGCAUGAAGCUAAAAGUUAAGUUCCAAAUCAUUCAACGAAUCUCUUUAACAGUAAUUCAUAAUAGAACAAUAAUUUAAUUUGCACCAAGAAAUAAUAAUAGUAAAACGGUUAAUAAGAUCAGACACCGAUUUAAAUAUCUAAAAAUGUAGAGUAGAAUUGCAUUAUUCUGAUAAUAAUAAUAAAAGCAAUCUUCCUAAAUUCUUAAUUUAGAAAUGAACCGAAAUCAAAAACAUUAUAACAACAGUAAAAACCUUUAAAUUAGGAACGUAAAAAUAUUUGUAGGAAAGCAAUACCCUUGUGACUUGUAUCAAUUUUAUGACAACCAAACCAAUAUGAAAAUGAAUGUGGGAAAACUGGAUCCUACCUUCUGAUCUUCCAGCCAAUAAAAAUGUAUUGACAUGACAGGAAAACCUCGACACUACCAUUAGAUUUUUAUAUAUAGUUAGAAAUAAAGGUACUUGCGUAGAAUCGCCUUUAUAAAAAUAUGCUUCUACUGAGAUGAGAGUCAUUUUAGUUAAACAAUGUCAACACCCAGAUGAAAGUGUCAUCGGAAUUUAUUUAAAGGCAUUUAUGUGUAUUUUAUUAGUGUGUGUAUCAUAUUGUUUUCUACCUCAUUUAUUGUCUCUUGAUAUUUAAUGAAUGUGCAAUUAAGUGUGAUAUUUCAUUCUCGAUGGCUUUCUUUCACAUAUCUGUAUCUGCAUAUCACUUUAUGAUCGAAUGAAAUAAAAAUAAUUGAAAUUC